GGGUUCCCAAACAGGUAACGUUAGGGCGGGCCCUGCUGCUGUCUCCCCCCCGCCUCGUGUUGUUAAAUAUCUCGACGAAAAAGGGGCUGGACAACCCCCCCGACUACCAGCGGGGAAGCCACGACAUGUGUCCAGUGUUUAUGUGUUUUUUCUCGGUGUAAUGUAGCCGAGUAGGGACAGGGUUAAGCGGUAAAUCCAUCGGUGUGUGUGACCGUUGGUUUGGGCUCCGAGCAGAGCAGACUCGGGAAUGGAGCAGAGCGAAGGGGACGAGAAUGAGAGCGGCUCCUCGUCCCAACAAAAUACGAUGUGGAAACAGUUUCAAGCCAAAGCCAAGCCGCUGCUGAGCCCCAAGCUGGGCUCCAGAGACCCCGAGGAGAAGAAGGAGAAGGGCGUGUGGAUGUUCAAGAAGAUGAAAUGGAAGGAAAACGUCGCGCUGGACCGGGUGAUCUCCUCCUCGCAGCCCGACCUGCUCUUCUCCUCUCAGGUGGAUGUGGAGACGAAGGACUCGAAGGAGGCGCAACUCUGCGGCAAAGCGGCCGGGAGCGGGCUCGGCAGGGAGAAGCUGCCGUCGCACAAGUCCGCCAGCCCGAAGAAGCCCACGGUGGCUCAACUGGUGCAGUCCCACCACAAGAGCUCUUCUCUCGGGUCAGCGUGCCUGGAGAGGCUGGCCGAACCCCCGUGCGGCGGCCGCGGCGAAGGAGGCGGCGGCGGCAGCGAAGGAGGCGAAGCGGCAGUUGCCGCAGCAACAGAAACACCGCUGGAGAGCAGCGAUGAACAGCCGGGUACGGCUGCUCCAUGCUCCUCGGGGGUCACGUCCGAGCGAGCCGUCCCCAGCUCAGGGAUGUACAAGCUGGACAUUGAGCUGAAGAGAGGACACAAUCUGGCCGUCAGAGACAGAGGAGGCAGCAGUGAUCCGUAUGUCAAGUUCAAGCUCGCUGGAAAAGAGGUGUUCAGAAGCAAAACCAUCCACAAAAACCUCAACCCAGUGUGGGACGAGAAAACAACUCUAAUAAUGGACUGUCUGAGUGACCCGCUGUAUGUAAAGGUGUUUGACUACGACUUUGGCCUUCAAGACGACUUCAUGGGUUCUGCUUACCUCUACCUUGAGUCUCUCGAGCAGCAGAGGACGAUACCUGUAACUCUGGUGCUGACGGACUCGCAGCACCCGGAUCAGGACCUGGGCACCCUGGAGCUGGCCGUCACCCUGACACCUAAAGACAGUCCCAUAGAGGAGCGAAGAGACUCAACCCAGAGACAGGUUAUGAAGUAUCGGUGGAAGCCGUAUGUGAAUAAAACCAUGCUGCUCAGGAGGUCCUGGAAACGAUCCACAAAGCAGCAGCAGUCAAUGCGUCUCUCUGAGCUGCAUCGGAAAUCGCAGCUGUGGCGAGGGAUCGUCAGCAUCGCGCUGAUCGAAGGCCGGAACCUGAUCCCCAUGGACCCCAACGGUCUGAGUGACCCGUACGUCAAGUUCAGACUGGGACCCCAGAAAUACAAGAGCAAGACGGUGCCAAAGACCCUGAGUCCCCAGUGGAGGGAGCAGUUUGACCUCCACCUGUACGAAGAGAGCGGAGGAGUUUUGGAGAUCACGGUGUGGGACAAAGACACGGGGAGGAGAGACGACUUCAUCGGACGCUGCCAGUUGGACCUCUCCACUCUGUCCAAGGAGCAAACUCAUCACCUGGAGCUGGCCCUCGAGGAGUCCCGGGGCUACGUGGUGCUGCUGGUCACGCUGACCGCCUCGGCGCACGUCUCCAUCGCCGACCUGUCCGUCACACCGCUGGACGACCCGCUAGAGCGCCGGGAGAUACUCAAGCGAUACGGUGUGAUGAAGUCGUUCUCUAACUGGAGAGACGUGGGCAUCGUGCAGGUGAAGGUGAUGAGAGCCGAAGGACUCAUGGCUGCCGACGUUACCGGAAAGAGCGAUCCCUUCUGUGUGUUGGAGCUGAAUAACGACCGGCUGCAGACUCAUACGGUUUACAAGAACCUGAAUCCCGAGUGGAACAAAGUCUUCACCUUCAACGUUAAAGACAUUCACUCGGUGCUGGAGGUGACGGUGUUUGACGAGGACAGAGACCGGAGCGCUGACUUCCUGGGGAAAGUGGCCAUCCCGUUGUUACAUAUCCGUAACGGUGAGCAGAAGAGCUACGUGUUGAAAAAUAAGGAGCUGACAGGACCGACUAAAGGAGUCAUCUACCUGGAGAUAGAUGUCAUCUACAACACUUUUAAAGCUGCUUUAAAGACUGUUGUCCCUGCAGAGCAGAAAUACAUCGAGGAAGAACCAAAAGUGUCCAAGCAGUUGCUCCAGCAGAACUUUAACCGUGUGAAGAGGUGCAUCAUGGUCCUGAUCAGCUACGGGACGUUUAUCAACAGCUGCUUCGAGUGGGAGUCUGCGCAGAGAAGCAUCGUCUCCUUUGUGGUAUGA